AUGCGGCCCGGUAAGCAAACAAACAUUCCAACCAAGCCGUCCAUACGCCCGAAAUGGGGCCCAUCGGCCUCUGGGUCGUCGGCCCAAUACGGCCUGCACCGUCGUCUCCUGGCGACGACGACUCGGCGGCGUGGUAGAUCUCACCACACCACUCAGCUCGCGAGACCGGAGACGGACUGGGGGAAGAAGAAGCGGCAGCGCCAAAACCCUACUGCCCCCUCGCGCUGCCGCCUCAGAUCUCCGAUCCUACCCGGUCCAGAUCUGGUGUCGCAGAUGGCGAGCACGGGGCGGUCGAUGCUGCUGUCGCUGCUGCUGUUCGCGGUGACGCUGUCGCUGCUGGAGAUGUACCAGGGCUGGUUCGCCGCGUCCGAGCUCAAGACCAUCGCCGGCGGAUUCGUCAGCUCCCUCCUCUUCCUCCUCCUCCUCGCCUUUAUCGGUAAUUACCAAGAAGCUAGUGGUGUUAGAACUGGGUGGGGUGCAGUUGUUGUAGCAGAACUUGUUGCUCUUAUUGUAGCUGGCACUGUCCACCGCGUUUGCAUCACAACAUGCUUCCUGUUCUCUGCCGGGAUCCUUUACGAGGUCGACAAGCUCUCCGGGAUGAUCCUCGCGAGGAGCGAGUCCAAGGCGAGGCGGUACUGA